UCAUGUCUGUGUCUCAUAUAUCUGUUUAUCUACUCUCCCUAUUUUCUGAUUCAAUUUACUUUUAAACUUUUAAUUAAUAUAAUAUGCUCAAUAUGCACGCGGGAUGUCCAGGAGAAUGAGUAUAUAUACGCUGCUCUUCCUUGUCGCGGGCGUGCGCAUAAUGUGUGUACGCGACGUAUAUGAUCUUGCUUUGCGCGGAGGCACUCUGCCACACAGCGUCUGCUGCGAACAGUAUAUUGAAUUUGCACUCGAUAAUACAUCUGCUGUGGCACCUGCAAGUAUGGCUCGCUAGCGUGAACUGAAAAAAAAAUAUCCAUUAGAUGUUCUACAGAUAUCUGCAGGCACAUAUAUAUGCGCAGCUGCGAUAUCCUUACAGUUAACGUUACAACAACGCGAUAUGGAUGGGACAGAUUAUCCGUGGUAUGUAUUUGCAAUGUUUGAAUAAAUCGAGAUAUCUAUAUGCGAUGUCCAAAACAUCAUGGAGCAUAAAUGGGUUGACAGGUGCGCAGCGUUGGAGUCGAUACCCUGCCGUAGCGCCUUCUGCUCGAUGCAAAAAGGAGAAGCCGCGUUGUGGCUGGCGUGCGCUUCGGAUGGUCUCCUCUGCGUUGUGUCGGAGAGUCGCAAGCCCUGCCGUAGCAAGCGUACCGCGCUGUGCUAGCACAGUGCGACCUGUUGCAGUCACGGCUUGCGGGCAAAUGCUGACCCGCAAAACUGAUCGAGUGCGCGCGACCGCUGCCUGCGCUAACCGGAUAGCGUUCCACCAAGUGCGAGGAAGUCGCAGGAGCAGAGGACAUCCUGCGUUACGAACUCCUGGGCAUUCCUGGGCGCGGAACAAUUUUUUCUCUAAGGAUCUGACGCGGCGCUAGCAGAGCAGAGCUCGGGGGAGAGGGUGGCCACUGGGUGACCAAUCGGGGCUUGCGACGCGAUCGCGUGUGCGUCCGGACGCCGGGAGGGAGAAGCCAAUGAUAGAAAAACGCGGGAGAAUCGCUCCAGCGCGCUGUCUCGGCUAGAGGUCUCCGCAGAACAAGCUCGUCAAGUUGUCAAGUACGUGGUAGGCAGGCACCUCGAUUCCCAAAAGCUACACCGGCAAUCAGGCAAGUGAUUUCUCUAACCACCUACCGUCGCAGAGUCUGAAGGAAGUGGGAGACCUCGCCUGCUGCUUGCGACAAAUGUUCGGUGCUAUCCUUAAACUGUGCAACGCAAGUUAAGGAACGCGCAGGCAUAUGGCGUUCCAGUGCGGUCGCUGUCUCUAUAGGUCCUUACAGCCCAUUCAUAUUCUGUUGCACAACCAGUGGUUACAUGCGGGGCGUGAGCUGCUGCUUCUUGUGAACGGAAACUCCGUGCGCCAUGCCGAUGUUGCUGAUGCCCAUACGCAGCACGUCAGCCUGGUACAUUACCGUUGUAGUGUUCCAAAUUGCGACUUCGAAAGUUUAAACCCCGAUGUGUUUGAAUGGCACCUCAAUGCAUCCCAUUCGAAUGUCAGAGAGUACAUCUGUUUUAUUUGUGAUUCGUCUGCUACUAGCCCACGGGCACUAGUGCAGCACUGCGUGACGCAUGACAUGGAUGUGGUGCAGUGCGGCAUCUGUCACCAUUCUGAGCCCGCAUGCAAGAGAAUGCUGAAGCACCUUUGUGACCAUCACCCUGACAGUCCCCUAAGACUUAUCUGCCGCACUAGCCAGCAAGUUGAAGAGCUUGAAAAAUGUGUGCAGACAUUUCAAGGAUUUCCAGAACUGCGUGCAAUUGGGGCCAGCUCAGCACAGGAACUUGCCGGGCUGGGCACCAGUUCAUCUGCUGCUCCUCUGGACAUGUCCAUGGCCUGCCAUUCGUUGCCACAAGCCCCAGCCAAGAAAACCUGCCCUUUCUGCCCAGACCGUGUUGUGACCUUGGCUGAUCUUGCAAACCAUUGUGUUGCAGCCCACCAGAUUAACCUUAAAAUUUCAGAGACCUUGGAGCUCAUGUUGAAGAAGCACUGUGCAUCUAUUGCCAAAGAAAGCUGCCUCUCCUGCCCAUUCUGUAAUGCAACAUUCCUGAACAAGGAUGAGCUUCAGGAGCACAUGUAUUGCGAGUUUCAAUACAUGCCUAUCCAGUGCGAUGCCUGCAGUUAUUCCACCUCUAACAGAACCCGCUUGAAAGAGCACUUUUCAUUCAGCCAUCCUGAAAAGUGCCCUGUGUUUACUACUUGUGAAAAUGAAGAUUUUGAGUCCUGCGUGACACAAUUCGUCACUCAACAAGAAGCUCGCUGUAUCGUGGUUGAGAAACCGUAUCAGUGUGUCCAUUGUCCAGGGCAAUUCCAAAGUGCCGAGGAACUAAGACUUCACCUGUAUACACAUCUGAAGUACUACCCCUACCACUGUACUAUAUGCGACGAGUGUUUCGUUAGCGAAGAAGAAGUCGAACAGCACCAGCGCAGGACAUACAGUGUAGUGGGGCAAUACUCAAUGAAAGAAGUGAGAUUCGAGAGUAAAGAGACAAGGCUAGACCAUUUAAUUGAUAUGGCAACAGAAAAAGUGCAAGAGCUUUUGGGAAAAUCAUCUUUGCAACAGUGUCCAUGGAAGGGAUGCUCAUUUGAAUCUUCAAUACAAAAUGAAUGUGCUAUUCACUUGAUGGUCCACGUGAGCCAGCGCAAGACAUGCACUAGCUGCCAGUUCAGCUCCUACAGCACCGAUGUCAUUGCAUGGCAUUCUAAGGAGCAGCAUAGUCCCGUCUCCAGCAGUACCAGGAAUCCUUCCUGCAGUGACAUACAUCCUGUGCGAAAGAGCAAUUCACGUUUGUUUGCUUGCAGUUUGUGUAGUUAUAGGGGACCAAACUCCAUGUGCAUUUGUGAACACCCCAAGACUGCGCAGCCUGGCAAGGCAGCCAAACUGGUUGUUCCUAAAAGGAAAGACCUGCACAGCCCAACCAUCAAAAGCGUGGAGGGGUCAAGGAAACCAAAGGAAGAGGAUUGCGAACAGAGAUUGUGCAUAUCUCUAGUGCGUCGUCAAAAGGACACCACUCGCCUCACUCCAUGGUCACUGAAGAAAGAGCAGUAUUUCUGUAGCCAGUGCCAUUUCCUGGCCUCAUCAGCACAUCUGCUACACAUUCACAAGGUCAGUUUCCACGCAGGUGCUCAGAGGCUUAAUGCAAAUGCAGCCGUCAUUGCUAGAGCAAUCUCCAAUAUCUUGACUCUGGCCACUCGCCGAUAUUCUGUGCCAGCUUCUGGUGUUCCUCACAGGUAGUCUCAAUCUGCAAGCCAGGUCAACAUGACCACUCUUACAUCUGCUUUGCAGCAGACAGACAGUAUCCACAAAUGUCGCAAGUGUUUGAAGUUUCAGUCAAGAACGAGUUUGUUCAAUCACCUGGUUGUGAAGCAUCGUACGUAUGGUGUGUGCGAUACCUGUGGUGGGGGCCUAAUGAACAAUGCUCAGGCUCUUGCUCACACAACCAAGAAGCACCUACCUUUGAAAAGCACUUUCACUGUACUUGGACGUCAGCUGACCAACAACAAAAAGCAACGUCUCUAGCACUCAAUGGUCCUUACAAAAUGCCUGUGACGUUUCUGUGGUGGCUCCUGAUGUUCGUGUGUCUGCAUAACUUUUCUCAUCAGCACAACCUUAAUGUGCUUGUAAAGGACUUUGGGAACUUGUUUAUUAAGGAUUUUUAACAAGUGCCAUUGCUUCAUUUCUUACUUGCAUUACUGUAGUGAUUGUAUGCAUGUUGGGCAUACUUGUUGCAGAUGUAGCAAUUCUUCCGCAUAACUUUGUCUGUAGCAUCUUAUGUACUUUAUUGCUUUCGCUGUCACCUGCUGAGAAAGCCAAUUUUGUUUAUAUUCACAUUUCUGUGUUACCAAAAACCUCAUGCAAAGCAUUAAUAAACAGCUUUAUGGCUACC